AUGGGUAUCACCGAGGCUACUGCGCUUCAUCUUCCACGCAUCCUGUGUCUUCAUGGCGGUGGAACCAAUGCCCGCAUAUUCCGCGCACAAUGCAGAGCUAUCAUUACGCAUUUGUCAAAUGACUUUCGUCUAGUCUUUGCAGAGGCAGCGUUUGAUUCAAAGGCCGGCCCUGAUGUGCUCUCGGUGUAUAAGGACUGGGGACCGUUCAAACGAUGGCUCCGAUGGCAGCAUAGCCAACCAAACCCCGGUUCAGAAGUCAUCAUCGAAGCAUUGAAUCAGUCCCUAGAAGACGCCAUGUUGCUGGACGAUAUGCGCGGUGCUACGGGUGAAUGGGUUGGUUUACUUGGUUUCAGCCAAGGGGCAAAGGUAUCAGCAAGUUUGCUAUAUCGACAGCAAUUACAAGAGGCAGUCUAUGGGAUUGGCAAUGCGUCUACUCAGUUUCGAUUCGGCGUCAUUUUGGCCGGUAGAGCACCGCUUGUCUGUUUGGACGAUGAUACAGAGCACUGUCAGUUUCUUCCCGCUGCAUCUGCUAUUACGGAUGUCAAGGGAUUCAAACGGCCUGAAUUGAGCAACUGUGGAGGCGUGUUGACUAUUCCCACAUUGCAUGUUCACGGCACAAAUGAUCCUGGAUUGGACUUACACAGACAGUUGUACGAAGGCUUUUGCUCAGACGAUAGCAAACGGCUGCUGAUUUGGGAUGGAGACCAUAGACUACCAUUGAAAUAUGGUGAUGUCUCUAUGCUAGCUCAUGAAAUACGAGAAAUGGCUAGGUUGACCACCUGGUGA